UCGCUCUGCUUUGACCAGACAAAUGUUUUUGGAUUGUUCGACUUAAUUACAAAAUUCUAGAUCAUUUCGGGUUCCACGUCCGACCUGAACUCAAUAUUUGAAAGAGUUUAGUCAAUAUUUGCAAUAAUUUACUGUAUUGCACAGCUGUAUUCUAACGUGACUCCUUUUCAUCAUUUCGGGACAGACUUUAUUCUUUUAGCCGUGAGGGGAUCUAAAGGACGUUUAUGGUCUGAAGCUGUAAAAGCGACUUUUAAGGAAGAAAUCGACUUUCUUUAUUUAAUUUGCCCGAAAGAGAUUAAAGCAUCGCCUCCCGUAACCCAGUCCCUCGUCACCGUGCCACCGGCACCAUGCUGUCCACCGUGCGCCGCCACAGCCUCCGCCUGCAGACGGAGCUCCACCGGUGGAGCAUCAGCGACCCGGGCAGCCACCUGCUCCCCGCCAGCCUCCUGGCUCGGGGGGUCCCCGCGCGCAUCUUCCGGUCCAAGUCCUGCACGAGCUACGCCGGGGAGUCGGCCGGGAGCCGCGGGAGCUGGUCGUCCUCGGACUCGGUCAUCUCCACCGACUCCGCCGGGGACACCGCGGAACCCGGGAGCCCGUACCGGGUGGUGCUGCUAGGGGCCAGCGGGGUCGGCAAAACCGCCUUCGCCCGCAUCUUCGCCGGGGCAGCGGACAGCAUGGACAGCGACGACUGCGAGCUGUGUGGAGAUGACGUCUGUGAAAAGGAAAUUGAAGUGGAUGGAGAGCCUGCAACGAUCACUCUGCUUGACACGUGGGAGGCCGAGACUGGCCACGGGUGUGCUCAGGAGCACGACAUGCAGGCAGGCGACGCCUACCUGUUGCUGUACUCUGUAACUGACCGGGCCUCCUUCCUGCGAGCCUCCGAGCUCCGGAUCACCCUGCGGCGCGUCAGUCCCACGCAGCACACACCCAUCAUCCUGGUGGGGAACAAGUGUGACCUGGUGCGACGCAGAGAGGUGUCGCUCAGCGAGGGUCGCGCCUGUGCAGCUGUGUUCGACUGCAAGUUCAUCGAAACCUCAGCCGCGAUGCAGCACAACGUCUGGGAAGCGUUUCACGGCAUGGUGCGACAGCUGCGUCUACGCCGAGACACCAAGGCGGCGAACAGGCGCCGGCGGCACCCACGCUGUCACACACGGCGCGAGAGCCUUCCCAUGAAGGCCAAACGCUUCCUCGACAAGGUGAUGGCCAAGAAAAAUCCCAAUGUGGCGUUCUGGUUGAAAUCCAAGUCCUGCCAUGAUCUUUCUGUGCUGUAGAAACAUGACACACACUUGUUCUGAACGACGCCAAAGCUUUGAGCAGCUGAACAAGUUACAUCCUGGAGAUCAACAUUUGUGGACGCCUGCAUCUGAGGCUUGGAUGUGUUCACACUGAGCCAGGCUGGUGUACGUGAGAGGUGUGUGUGUGCAGCCUUCCUGCACCGCCAUCCACACGUUGCAGUCUGAACCAGACUACGUGGACUGAGCUCGGCCUCGGUAAUGGACCGGACGACCAGCGGAUGAAGUGACGUUUCCUGUUGCAAAGACUCGUCACGUCUGUGUGGCAUAAACUUUGGAGGUUAGAAAUCGACUGAUGGAAUCGGAGAGAAGGAUGUUACGUCCUCGUGUUUUCAACAGAUACAUUUGUUGUAGUCUUAUCUUUUUCAUCAUCAGUUUGCUCUCAUUCCUGCGUAAUUUGUCAUCUGUAGAUUCCCCAAGUGCUAAGAGGACCAGUUGUAAGCUAUUGAUGAUCAAUUAUGAUGAUUUAACUUGGACUCUCUUUACUUUUUAUGUGUUGUAUUUUGCACUGACUGUAAAUACAUAAAUUACCUGAUUAUGUGUUGUAUUUUGCUACUUGUAUGUUUCAAUGGUGCUCUUUGAAAUAAAGUGACAUCAUCCAA